UUUAGACCGCAAAAAUUUGACAGAUAUAUUACAUUAUAAGGUUAGGUUACAAAGGGGGCUAAAAAUGAAAAAUUGCACCGUUUAAUAACAUGGCAAGCCCUGAACGCGGCGACAUGGCACAAUUUGGUGAAAUUGACAAAUCCCGGGACCGUUAUCCUUGCUGCAUAGUCUGGACUCCAAUCCCGUUUCUAACUUGGCUUUUCCCUAUCAUAGGGCAUAUGGGAAUAGCCCUUUCUUCGGGGGUUAUCCGGGAUUUUGCUGGGCCCUAUUACGUCUCCGAAGAUGACAUGGCUUUCGGCCGCCCUACUAAAUAUUGGCAGCUAAAACCAUCACUGGCACACGGAGGAAUUUCCGGCUGGGACCGCGCUGUUACUGAAGCUUCAGAAAUUUAUAAUGGACGCAUGCAUAAUUUAUGUUGCGACAAUUGUCACUCUCAUGUUGCCACUGCACUUAAUUUGAUGCAAUAUGAUGACUCAAAAAGUUGGAAUAUGGUGAAAUUGGCAUUUUUUAUGUUGCUAUAUUCAAAGUAUGUUAGUUUUGCUGGAUUUCUAAAGACAUGGUUGCCGUUUUUAAUUCUAAUUACUUUAAUUGUAUGUGCGUGCGUUCUUACAUAAAUACAAAAUAUGGCUUAAAUACUUAAUUGUGUAAGAAAAAUUUGUAAGGAAAGUGCUCCUGGUUGUUCCAUGAAGAGUUUUACCAUUUUACCAUGAACUAUGCUACAGACUGUUCUACAAUUGUUUAGUUGCAUUCCUGAUAAGAACAUUAAAAACUUUUUUAUGUCCACAAUUGAGCUAACUUUCUGCUGAUCCUCAUCUUCUAAAUCUGGAGUCAAUUCUAACUGUCCAACUACAAUUAUACAAAUUAUUGUUUUAUAAUAUUGGGUCUUUUUAAUUACUGGCAAAACUUUCAACACCUAAACCGGGAAAAUGAGAUGAUAACGUAACUAUAUUCGUUUUUAUUUCAAAUGUAAGUCUUCCAUCCUUUCUUGCUGAUACAAUUAAGCUAUGACUCAUACUCCUCAUUCUUUCAACAAUUGUUUUUAUAGUUUUUAAAUUAGGCAUUUCAAUUGAGACCUUUAAAAAUUAAAUUAUUUUUGUAUUUGUAACCUUCAAAUAAAAUACGUGAAAAUC